UCACCUUUGCGACCGCGGGAGGGAGUUUACUGCGGCUAGGGAGAUGUCGCUGCUACGGUCACUGCGUGUGUUCCUGGUCGCGCGGACCGGGAGCCACUCGGCUGGGUCUCUUCUGCGUCAGUCGCCCCAGCCACGGCACACACUUCAUGCUGGGCCCCGUCUGUCUGCCUCGGCCUCCAGCAAGGAGCUCCUCAUGAAACUGCGGCGGAAUACAGGCUACUCCUUUGUAAAUUGCAAGAAAGCUCUGGAGAGUUGUGGUGGAGACCUCAAACAGGCAGAGAUCUGGCUCCACAAGCAGGCCCAGAAAGAGGGCUGGAGCAAAGCUGCCAAGCUCCAAGGGAGAAAGACCAAAGAAGGCCUGAUUGGGCUGUUGCAGGAAGGAAACACAACUGUAUUAGUAGAGGUAAACUGUGAAACAGAUUUUGUUUCUAGAAAUUUAAAAUUUCAACAGUUGGUCCAGCAAGUAGCCCUUGGAACCAUGAUGUAUUGUCAGAGCCUAAAGGAUCAACUCUCUACAUACAGUAAAGUGCGGUGGCUCACGUCUGUAAUCCUAGCACUUUGGAAGGCUGAAGCAGAUGGAUCACUUGAGGGCUUCUUAAAUUCCUCUGAGCUUUCUGGACUUCCAGCUGGGCCUGACAGAGAUGGCUCACUCAAGGAUCAGUUGGCUUUAGCAAUUGGAAAACUGGGAGAAAACAUGACUCUUAAACGAGCUGCAUGGGUGAAGGUGCCAUCUGGGUUCUACGUUGGCUCUUAUGUCCACGGAGCAAUGCAGAGUCCCUCACUUCACAACCUGGUGCUGGGGAAGUAUGGGGCCCUGGUCAUCUGUGAGACGUCUGAACAGAAAACAAACCUUGAAGACAUUGGCCGCCGCCUUGGGCAGCAUGUGGUGGGCAUGGCCCCCCUCUCUGUUGGCUCCCUGGAUGAUGAGCCUGGGGGGGAGGCAGAGACUAAGAUGUUGUCCCAGCCAUACUUGCUGGAUCCCUCCAUUACCUUGGGGCAGUAUGUGCAGCCUCAGGGGGUGUCGGUAGUAGACUUUGUGCGGUUUGAAUGUGGAGAAGGUGAAGAGGCAGCAGAAACUGAAUAGGUUCUAGAGACUUUCGGCCCAGGAGGAAUAUUUAUUUUUAGCUCUGGACAUCAUUACAAAAAGGAGUAUUUCCCAAGCCUCUUCAGACUGAGAAUG